GCCUAACAACAUAACAAACAUGGCGGAUUCUUGUGAAAGCGAAAGUGAAGAAGAGCAGCAACAAAAAGGCUUAGAAAAUCUCAAUGAAAGCCAAAGAAGCUCUGAAAAAGAUUUACAAACUAUUUUUAAGAAACUUAGAGUUGACAGCGACGUAAGAAAGUUCAAGACAAAGUGCAGAUUUACAGCUAUUCRAAGAAAAGGAAGCUGUAUAUCCAGGAAAGAAAUUAAAGUCAAAAAGAAAAUCAUUAAAGAUGCUACAUUUGUCUAUAAAAGUUGUUCACCAAAGAAAGAACUUAAAUAUUUGAAAACUGAGACACAGGACKUACAACUAGAGCAGCAUAGCAAACUUUCUAAUAAUGACACUGCAAAAACACAAACCAUCAAUCAUAAACUGGCAAGUCCAACAACCAAAAGCCCUACAAACUUUUCAAAAAGCUGCAGUGGUCAGUUUAGGCAGGCCCAAAGCUCUAAAAUACCACAUGGGGAUGUGAACUUUGAUGACACRACUCCAGAAGAAUUAGCAGCUUACUUUGAACAACUGUUGCACAUUCCUAAACCUAUGUCAGCAAUGGCAGAAAUGAUGUAYACAUAGYGACCUYUAAAUGCACUUUCUGCUAUGUUGGAAAAAUGAGCUUUUCAUUUAGCUCAAGCAGUAGAAGGUCGUCACUAACUAAAAGAGCUGCUCACUGGAWCUGUGCAGGUGCCAGUGUAUGUCUAUCCAAGAUAAAAUUACAAUUUUUCAGAAAAAAGGGAUUUUAUGGAAAACAAUUCUUUAAUUGUUAGUUACAAUGUAAUAGUUAUUGAUUCUGGACAUUUCCUAUGUCUGUGGUUUGAUGGAUAAAUUAUUGUAAAUGAGAAAGUUUUGCUUAAUAAUGACAGUGUGGAGUGCUGGUAAGAUGCACUCCUAAUAACUGGUAAAURAUAGAUACUAUGAUAUGUCUUUCAAUUAAAAGAUUUGAGUAAUGUCCAGGCUAAUGCUGGUGAUUCAUUGACAAAUAUACCAAGUUUAAUCUAAUUGGUUAUUGUUGCUCCUUUGAAUCUCAAGAGUCUACWCACAUUAGGUAUAGUAGCACUUUGCCCUUUGUUUCUUUUUCUACAUUAUCGAUGUGGUUCUACUCCAUGAUUAAAAAUGGAUACCAAGAGCAACAUGCUAGUAAUAUAGUAAAAGUAAUUUAUUUGAGAAGSAAAUAUUGGAUAGAUUAUAACAAGCGAAUGAUCUUUCAAAAUGUAUUUGGCWUAGAAAAGGUUUAAAAUAAAGACUCACUAAUUGUAUUAUGAA